AUGGCCCCAUGGCCCGACAGUGAACAUCAUGUGGAUGAACAUAACAUAGGGAUACCUGACGCUGUCUUCGUUAAACUCAUGAUUGCCAUGAUUACCAGCGGUUUCUUCUUCAUCUUCUUGGGGAGCUUCCUCAACCAUUACCGCAGUUUUUCAAGUGGGUCCAGCGCUUCCAUAUUGAAGUCACUCCCCCCUGUAUUUGUUUACUCCGAAACCAAAACCAAAACCGAAACCAAAGUUGUGGAAGAUUGUGCUGUCUGUUUGUCGGAGUUUGAAGAGAGUGACAAGUGUCUGGUUUUACCCACUUGUAAACAUUGUUUUCAUAGUGGCUGUAUUCACAUGUGGCUUUCUAAUCAUUCAACUUGCCCGCUUUGCCGCUCACCUGUUGUUAUUGAUCAAGUAACAAAGCCUCAUCCUACUACUGCUUCAUCUAUCCAAACAACAACAACAUCGUCGUCGGAACCAGCUGUAGUUGAUGUUAGAAUAGACAUUGUGCCUGUUGUUAACGAGACGGAGCCAGAGAGUCAGAUCACGAGUCAAGUUGAAGAAGAAGAAGAAGAAGAAAUUAGUAUUAACAUGAGUCAGUCUCUUGUUUGA